AGGGUUCGUACAUAGAAUACGGUACUUGGGUUCACACACACUCUCUCUUACGCAUUGAUGCCGAACGUGUCCUCCUUCAUUUCUACUCCAAAAAUUGAGCAUAGGUUUUGCUUUUGUUAAGAAUUUCAUUUCUGUAUGGUGAUUCCCUUUUGAGGUACGUAAUGCAUUUAUGACUCAGGAUCCCAUUUAACUGAGGUUUCUAUGUUUUGUGUGUGUGUGUGUUUUUUUUUCUUAUUUGAAAAACCCAUAUACUAUUUUCGUUGUAGGCAUCUUGGAAUACUUGUUUCUGGUAUUAUUCUGUAUGUUGAAUUCAUUAGGAUGGUGAAUUUCUCAAUUUGAAUCAUUGGUUGUUUUGGUGCUAAAGAAGAAAAACAAAUUGAAAACCCUUUGUUAGUUUUGUUUUGGAAUUAGGACUCACCUAGAAACUUAUGAUUACAUACACUUGGCCUGAUUGUCAUGUCUAGCUAUGUGUCUCUUUUUUUUUAUUGUAAUAGAGUACCAGUCAUGUGAUAUGAGGAUUCCUUAGAACUUAUAUUUGGCUAAUGCAUUUUAUGUUCAUGAGAAAUUGACAGUUUAAAUAAUUACCAAUAUGUACCAAAUGCAGACUUAACCAAUAUAGAUGAUAUUGGUAUAUUGAAUUCUGGGUGAUAAUGAAGUUAUUGCCCUUUAUUUCGUACAAAGACUCUCUCCAUGUUUUCUUACCUGCGUCAGAUAAGGAGAAUUUACCCAAAUAUUCAAAACAGCCAAUUUAGUUUCUUCCUGCUCUCACUUGGGCCUAGGGUUUUCAUUUUUUGGAAAUAUCUCAUAAUAUUAUUAUCGUAUCUUAGAUGAUCUCUUAGAAUUGGUUUCCAUUUUUCCUUUAUAUUUUAUGAUCUUUUUUCCUUAUUUAAUUAAGAUUAGGAGUUUGGUAUUGGCUUGAAUAAUAGUUAGUACUUUGUCAUUUGUAUUACAUCUUAACACAUCAUUUUGUCAUUAUACAUAAGAGGAUAUCGUUCAGAGUUUUUUCUUCCCCGUUCCUCCUUACCUACCUAAAAUAUAAUGCAACAUGGUAUCAACCUUGAGAAUAUUUUCUCCCUUCCACUGUGUUGAAUUCAUGGAACUCGAUUACCAACAAAAUCAUAUUUUAUGUUUCUGUUUGCUCCUAAUCUCUCCUUGGUGACUUUUGCCGUAUUGAGCUUUUGGUCUCAAACUCGUGUUCUGUUGUGUGUCCUUGUUGUCGUUCCAGCUUCUUCUUUAUGUAGAUUGCCUUUAUUUUAGUCUGUUUUUUCCGCAAAUUUGCUUCAUUUCAGCUUUUCUUUCUGCAGAUUGACUUGGUUUUAGCUGGUCUUUCCGCAUAUUUGCUCCAUUUUAGUCUGUCUUUCCACAAUUUGGGCUCUGUUUCAGCUUGUCUAUAUGCAUAUUGGCUCUGUUUCAGCCUAGCUAUUCAAAAUUUACUCACAUCUUACUCUAGUGUUUUCUUUACCUUUUGAUUAACUACUUGGGAAUAUUCUUAUGCUAAUAUGGAUGCUGUAUUUGGUCAAAGGCUUUUGUCUAUUGAAAUAAAUCCACUAUUCCAAUUCAUCACUGCAUUUUCCUGUUGUGUGGUGAGAAAUGAUUUAGACUGAUGAUGUUCUUGAACAGAUUUAUCUCAGAAGCUUGAUAUUCUUGGUUUUGAUUUGAAUUUGAAGUGGUUGUAAUGGGGAAUAUACUGAGUCUGAACAGUUCCAAGGCUAGAUGGAGUGGUCCCUGUGAGGUUUUGCUAGGUGAACCUUGCAAGAGACAGAGGUUGUUGUCAACCUCCUGUGAGGAUAACUCGAGACUGAUUCCCUCCCUCCCUGAUGAGAUUUCCAUUCAGAUUCUAGCUAGAGUUCCUCGCAUUUUUUAUUUAAAUCUCAAGUCAGUUUCUCGUGCUUGGAAGGCUGCCUUUGUGAGUUCUGAACUAUUUUGUUUGAGAAAAAGACUUGGAACGAUGGAGGAGUGGCUCUACAUAUUAACAAAGGUCAAUGGUGAUAAGCUCUUAUGGUAUGCCUUGGACCCUCUUUCCAGAAGAUGGCAAAGGUUGCCACUAAUGCCGAAUGUUUCCUUUGAAGAUGAAACAAAGAAGGGCUUGGCUGCCCUUCCCCUUCGGAUGUGGAGCAUGUUGGGUACAAGUAUCCGGAUUGCUGAUGUCAUAAUGAGCUGGCUUGGUCGGAGAGAUGCCCUGGAUCGAAUGCCAUUUUGUGGUUGCUCCAUCGGGGCCGUUGAUGGUUGCAUCUAUGCUUUAGGAGGAUUUUCAAGAGCUUCAGCAAUGAAAUCUGUUUGGCGGUAUGAUCCGGUUCAAAACUCUUGGACUGAGGCUAGUCCAAUGUCAGUUGGUAGAGCCUAUUGCAAGACAGGUAUAUUAAAUGAUAAGCUUUAUGUUGUUGGGGGCGUUACUAGGGGUCGUGGUGGACUAAACCCCCUUCAAUCUGCGGAAGUAUAUGAUCCACAUACAGGCACGUGGUCCCAAUUACCAAGCAUGCCAUUUGCAAGAGCUCAGGUGCUACCAACUGCUUUUCUGGCUGACUUGCUUAAGCCCAUUGCCACAGGAAUGACUUCAUACAGAGGGAGGUUAUUUGUUCCUCAGAGUUUGUAUUGUUGGCCAUUUUUUGUUGAUGUUGGGGGAGAAGUUUAUAAUCCAGAUAUAAACUCUUGGCUUGAAAUGCCAAUUGGAAUGGGUGAAGGAUGGCCCGCAAGGCAAGCUGGAACAAAAUUGAGUGUUACUGUCAAUAAUGAUCUAUAUGCACUUGAUCCUUCAAGUUCUCUUGGCUCUGCAAAGAUCAAGUUUUGCAGGCUAACAUGCAAAAUGAUUUAGUUUCCUCCCAGCCCUUCUUAUCAUCACCAGAUAACUCAUUCAGUGAACUUACCGAAUCACCAGAGGAAUCAGAGAGAGAAAUUUGGAGGGUUUUUGCUUCUAAGAGUGGUAGAUCUGCUGAACU